UCUUUCUUACUCGGCGUUCAAUAUUAAAAAGCCAAUGACAUUCUAUGCACUUGUACUGUAUUUUACAAGGAAAUCUCUCAGAAAACCUCAAUCAAACAAACCACAAGCCCAAAUCAUCAAUACUAAACCCCUUCAAAUACCCAUAUAUAGGUGGGAAAAAAUGACAUACCAUCUUUCAUCAUUCACCUAAACCUUCUUUUCCUACCAAUCAAUCACAUGUGUUGCAGAAACCGCUUCAUCGCCUGCACCUGCUGCAUAAUCAUCACCCUCUUCUUCAUGUUCAUAAUUUCCAUCAUCGUCUGCAUCUCACCCUCAAGUGUCAAGUUCCAUGUAACCGAUGCCUCCCUAACACAAUUCAACCUCACAAGCAACAACACUUUGUAUUACAACUUGAAGGUCAACGUCACAGUGAGAAACCCCAACAAGCACACCAUAGUGUACUAUAGGAGGAUCACAGUAAUUUCUUGGUACAAAGAUAAUGCUUUUGGUUGGGUGAGCUUAACACCCUUUGACCAAGGCCACAAGAACACAACCUUCCUUCAAGCAGUGUUUGAAGGGCAGAGGGUGAUUAAGCUCAAAUCUAAACAACUUGGUGAGUAUAAAGAUGAGACAAGUGUUGGGAUUUACAAGGACCUUGCUGUGGAUUUUGAUCUUAGAAUCAGAGCCAAGUAUGGAAAGUUCAAGAGUAGUCGUUUCAAUACACCCAUUGUUCAGUGUCGCCGAUUGAGGGUUCCUUUGAUUUCUAAUGGUAAAUCAGUACCUCCUUUUAGUGUCACCAGAUGCAAAAGUGCUUCUUUCUUCUCAGAUCGUGAUGCGCCUGAUGUUGAUGGAUAGGAGCUGCAGGCUGAUAUGAAACCUCUAUAAUCAGUUGACCAUGUCAGUUAAUCUGUACACAAUUUUUCCAUUAAAAAUAAUCUGCAGAGAGAUGUGUAAAGGUGUUACAUGGAUAUAUAUACACCAUAACAUAUAAAAACACUCUCAUGUAUGUUGUAUACAAAAAAUAAAGGAAAAUACUCAAUUUAUGUAUCAUUUUGAUUUUCUUAUGUUAUAUGAUAUUUCAGCUGGUUGUUGUUCA